UCCCCCAGUCAGAGUGAAAGUUGUCUCCGCUUGGAAAAGCGGGGGUACGGGGCUCGCUAGUUUCCACCGCCGCUGCUUCACACGCUUUCUCCCGGAGAGAUGAGGCGGAAGGAGAAGAGGCUGCUGCAGUUCGCCGGGCUGCUCAUAGCGGCUCUUCUUUUCCUCCCCAACGUCGGGCUGUGGUCUUUGUACAGGGACCGAGUCUUCGACAACUCGCCCGACACAGUGGACGGACCAGGCGGCAUCCCCCAGAUACAGGGGGUCAACCGGUUGGGGAAGGACGCUCAGGUGGGGCGCGACGGCGUGCGGAGGAAAGACUGGCACAACUAUGACGCAAUCAAAAGAGAUGCCUCUCGAUCUGGUAACGGUGAACAGGGGAAAGCGUUCCCCCUGACAGAUGCUGACCGUGUCGACCAGGCCUACAGAGAAAACGGCUUCAACAUUUAUGUCAGUGACCGGAUCUCCCUCAAUCGCUCCGUCCCGGACAUCCGCCAUCCAAACUGCAAACAGAAGCUGUAUUCAGAGAAGCUGCCCAACACCAGCAUCAUCAUCCCGUUCCAUAACGAGGGCUGGUCAUCGCUGCUGAGGACGGUCCACAGCGUGCUCAACCGCUCUCCUCCACAGCUCAUAGCAGAGGUCAUCCUGGUAGACGACUUCAGCGACAAAGAGCACCUAAAGGUGGCGCUGGAGGAGUACAUGAUGCGGUUGCCGAAGGUUCGCAUCCUGAGGACCAAGAGGAGGGAGGGGCUGAUCAGGACUCGUCUGCUUGGAGCCGAUGCUGCUAAAGGAGAAGUCAUCACCUUCCUGGACUCCCACUGCGAGGCCAACGUCAACUGGCUGCCCCCACUGCUGGACCGCAUCGCGCAGAACAGGAAAACCAUCGUGUGUCCGAUGAUCGACGUCAUCGACCACGAUAACUUCGGCUACGAGACACAAGCAGGGGACGCCAUGCGAGGGGCGUUUGACUGGGAAAUGUACUACAAACGGAUACCCAUCCCCUCAGAGCUCCAGAAGGAUGACCCCAGUGAACCCUUUGAGUCACCAGUUAUGGCCGGUGGGCUGUUUGCUGUGGACAGGAAGUGGUUCUGGGAGCUGGGAGGAUAUGACACGGGUCUGGAGAUCUGGGGAGGAGAACAGUACGAGAUCUCCUUUAAGGUGUGGAUGUGUGGUGGUCGAAUGGAGGACAUCCCUUGCUCCAGGGUAGGACACAUCUACAGGAAGUACGUCCCCUACAAAGUUCCUGGUGGGGUCAGCCUGGCCAGGAACCUGAAGCGCGUGGCAGAGGUGUGGAUGGACGAGUACGCCGAAUACAUCUACCAGCGUCGGCCUGAGUACCGCCACCUGUCAGCAGGCGACAUGACGGUGCAGAAGGAGCUGAGGAACCGCCUCAACUGCAGGAACUUCAAGUGGUUCAUGAACAAGGUGGCCUGGGAUCUGCCCAAGCACUACCCACCAGUGGAGCCUCCUGCUGCUGCGUGGGGAGAGAUCCGGAACGUGGGCAGCGGCAUGUGUAUGGAGAGUAAACAUUUUGUAUCAGGGAGUCCCAUCCGACUGGAGACCUGUGUGAAGGGGCGGGGCGAGGUGAGCUGGAGCCAUGGACAGGUGUUCACAUUCGGCUGGAGGGAGGACAUCCGGGUGGGUGACCCCAUGCACACAAAAAAAGUCUGUUUCGACGCCAUCUCCCACAACAGCCCCGUCACCCUGUACGACUGUCACGGCAUGAAAGGCAACCAGCUGUGGCGCUACAGAAAGGAUAAAAGUCUGUAUCACACCGUCAGUAACAGCUGUAUCGACAGCAACCCGAGCGAGCGGCGAGUCUUCAUGAACACAUGUAACCCCUCCUCCCCCAGCCAGCAGUGGCUGUUUGAGAAAACCAACGCCACCGUGCUGGAACACUUCAACCGGGGCGCUCACUGAGGCCCUGCAGCAUCCACUCCUGACGCGCUCAGAUGUGGAUCUGCUGCUGCUGCUGCUGCUGCUGCUGCUCUGAAAUGGGGUUUUACAUUUACUCUGGCUCCCCGUUUACCUGGCACCAAGGUGACAGCUGUUUCUCUUUAGGGUGCUCAGACAGAGGCAGGAUGGGACACCGUGGGGGAAGUUGGUUAAACACAUCGGCGAGACGAAAGACUUGAGUUGAGCUCUGAUUGAUGGGUUUGUGUUUAAAAGUGAUUUUGUGUGUGAGAUGUAUUUGUUCUGUCAUGGCGCCACUCUGGCAGUGGGUCUGUCUCACUUCCUGGUUUUGCUGUUGAUUGGUUAUGUGACAUUCCUCUCUUUUCUCAUUCCUUUUGUCUAUUUAAAUUGUUCUCUGCCUUUUUUGCCUUUCUUUCCCCUUACCUGUUCCCUCACAGUUUUUUUCUCUACUUCCCCUCUCUGUCUAUGUACCUUUAUCCUCUGUCUCCAUCUCUUUCCCCCUUCUGUCUCUCCUGAUCCGCCUCUGCCUGCACGUCCGUCUCUAUCUGCCUGCAUGACUGCACCUUUGCCCACCUUCUCCAUACUCGCUCUCAAAUCCCCUUAUGUCUCUCCAGCUCUGACAACCUCCCUGGGGGGGGGGCUCCUGCUGAGCCAAAGUCAUCCUGACGCCUGGGUGAAGCCAGGCAGAACCACUCUGAAAAUCACCUGGUGAAUUGAUUCUCCUUUACAACCCUCAUCCACCCUCUGUUCCCUCCCUCAUCCACCCUCGUGUCCCCUGCCCCCAUCGGCUUGUAUUUUCUCCUGGUCCGCUCUCCUCUUCUCUGUGGCCAAUGUGGGCAGAGCUGCUUUGAAGGUAGAAAGUGGAGGUGGACAAAGAAAGCGUGAGAGAAAGAGACGACGACCUUUCUAAUGCCCCUCGCUCCUUUUUCUUCUUUUCUGUACUGUCUUCGUUGGAUUUAUCGAUGAGUCGUCUGCAGGUUUGUCACUGUGCCACGUUCUUCUUUUAUUCCUCAGAGGCGAGUGCUAUCCAACGCCAGGGUUAGUGCGGGCCAGCUCUUGCUGGCCAAGGGCUUGUUUGUUGUUUGUGGUGGUGAUGGUGGGGGUGGGAGCUGCUGUCACCCCUCUUAGAGUCUCCCCCUGCUGUCUGUGCGCCCUUUGCUGCUCCCCACCCGACUCCGCCGAUCAGUCGCUGAAACGACCCCGUCACAGACGGCUGAGCGCGGGGUCACGUCGCGGCACAAAGCAGCAGGCAGGACUGUAAACGGACGCCUGCCUGGCUGGAUGACUAGCUAUGUGACUGGCAGGCCCGCUGAUUCACAGCAGGGCCGCCCGAUUGGCCGGCUGCCGAGCUGACACAUCACUUUAGCGUACAGUGUGAGCAGGAGAGACGAAUGGGAGAAUUACUGUGGAUAGGCUCGCUGAGGUAGCUCUGGGAUUGAGAUGAAUGUGGGUUUAAAAUGCAUAAAGCACUUGUGUAAUGAUAAACUUGAAUGAAAUCUUCGUGCCUUGUUGGAAGAGGACUAGAUGUAGGUGUGUGUAUUUUCAGAAUGUGUGUGUGUCUGUGGUCUAAAAUGUCUACAUCAGCAGAGAGGACAAUUCAUCUUUACAUCAAAAGAGAAUCUCAUUUGAAUUGAAGAUGAAUUGCCUUUGACUCUGGUGCAGGACAUUGAAGGCACCACUGGCUUCGUGACUCCUAUGGCUUUCUAAACACACAUGUAACUGCUGGCUGUGAAUAGAGCUAAAGAGACUUUUUUCCACCAUAUUUUACUCCUGCCUUGAAAAGUUAACUCUAGCCCUAAGAAGACCUCCGUUCUAUUUUAACGACAUGAUGCUGUUGUGCUGUUUCUCCCACCUGUUCGAUCCAAAGUACAUUUAUGGGAAAGGGAACUGUUGUUUGCCACCUUUUUAAACCCUUUUGAUUUUCUUUCUGUUUUUAAUGAAACGUUCUUUGAUUUGAUCCUGUGGUUGAAACGAUGAUGAUUUAGAUUACUGCUCAACGUGAUGUUCUGGUCUGUCGCCUGCACCCAGUCUCUAAUCCGAUUUUGUGAAGCAGAGCAAUGUACAGUACAGUUUGUGCCAUUUUAAUCCCUAAAUUCCAUGUUUCAUGCUCUGUUAGAUUUUAGCUGUAGACCAAAACACAAAGUCAUACUUUCAAAAUACCUCAGUCAGGAUACUUUUAAGUCAUAGAUUAGGCUAGCUUGCACAUAUUAGUUUGCUAAAUUUACAUUUGUCUGUGCAAGUCAGAUUGUGUGGUACACAAAUAUGUAAAAGCAAGAAAGAUAAACCGCCAAUUAAAUCUGAACUGAAUGUGCAGAUUUUAUAAUUAUCAAAUCAUAUGUCCAUCUGUUGACAGUUUUUCAGUCAAGACACUUUGGCAAUACAUUUUGCAGAGCUGGAAAAUAUAGAGGUAGCUUUGCUGAUAUUUUGAUUUUCAUUACUUGCACUAAUAAUAAGAAAAAGUCCUCCAAAUAGACACUUGACUCAACUUCCAAAUCCUGCAUUUUAUAAAUUAAGAAAUAUAUUACUGGUACUUAAACACGGCACAACACUAAAGAAGUUGAACAGGGACUCCCCCAAAACAGGGUUUCACCUAGAUGGGACAUAGCAGUGCACUCUUUGUCAGGCUCCGUGAUUGUGCUGUCUCAGCCCAUUCUCUGAAUACACAUUCAUACUUUAUAUCAUAACCUGCAUGUAUGAAUGCAGAACAAGAAUCCUGAAUUAAACUGGUUCGAUGAGAAUAAGAAGUAUGGGCUAGUUUAAUUUCUAAAGCUUGGACAGUUAGGCACAUUAAACUGAAUACAGACAAUGAGUUUGUUAGAUGUUUGAUAAGUAUGAAGGCAUAAAGAAUAUACUGUUCAUGUUUUACUAUAAUUUGUAUGGUCUUGCACAUUACACACAUUAUUGAUGUAGGAAACGACAUUGAUAUCACCACACAGACUCCCCAACUGUAGGGAAGUUUUGUCGUGGUUGCAGCCAUGCCAGCAGUAAAUUACAAGAAGCAAAUAUCUAAGAGAAUCUUUAUAAAUUGAUCAUCACAAAAAAUCUUGGGCUUACGGCAAAGAUUGGAUUAAUAAAGAGUUUUUAGGGGGGUUUUUUGGUUUGGUUUUUUGUUGUUGUUUUUUUUUCAGUUUUGCUAGCUUUUCUGAUGAGUAACAAGACAACCCAAUGUGAGCCGACAAGAACACACAUCAGGCACGCUACACUCUAGGACGCAGGAUGCAUGGCACUGCCCCCAGGUGAAACCCUUUGUUUUUAGUGAGUCCCAAGUUGAACAGACAGUGUUUGAAUUAUUUAUCAUGAUGAAGAUGAUACCUUCUACAGAAGCGUAUUGCAUUCACUUGACCAAUAAAAAAAAAAUCUAUUUUAUUUUGUAAUUUUUUCUGU